UCAAAUGAACGAUUCCGACAUCACUGGGGCUGAGCUUGAGUUCUCAAUCAAAUCCCAGAGACGAGGAGUAGGAAGCUCUGUGGAGACAUGUAAGAUGGCAGAGCUGCAGAUGUUACUAGAGGAAGAAAUUCCAGCCGGUAAACGAGCUCUCGUGGAGAGUUAUCAGAACCUUACGAGGGUCGCGGACUACUGUGAGAAUAAUUAUGUUCAGGCACAGGAUAAGAGGAAAGCCUUGGAGGAGACCAAAGCCUACACCACCCAGUCUCUGGCAAGUGUGGCCUAUCAGAUCAAUGCCUUAGCCAACAAUGUUCUGCAGUUGUUGGAUAUCCAGGCCUCGCAGCUGCGCAGGAUGGAGUCUUCCAUCAACCACAUAUCUCAGACGGUGGACAUCCAUAAGGAGAAGGUCGCCCGACGAGAGAUCGGCAUCCUGACAACGAAUAAAAACACAUCAAGGACUCAUAAGAUCAUCGCUCCGGCCAACAUUGAGCGGCCGGUGAGGUACAUCAGGAAGCCCAUCGACUACACAGUGCUGGAUGAUGUGGGUCAUGGCGUAAAGUGGCUUAAAGCCAAGCAACACGGCAACAAUCAGUCAGUCAGAGGAGGAACUCUCUCCAGGACCAAUCCCCCUACACAGAAACCUCCCAGCCCACCCUUGGCAGGACGAGGCACUCUUGGGCGUAACACUCCUUAUAAAACACUUGAGCCAGUGAAACCUCCAACAGUGCCCAACGAUUACAUGACAAGUCCAGCUCGCUUGGGCAGCCAGCACAGUCCAGGACGCACUGCGUCUCUGAACCAGAGACCGAGAACCCACAGUGGCAGCAGCGGUGGCAGCGGCAGUCGAGAGAACAGUGGCGGCAGCAGCAUCGGCAUUCCCAUCGCCGUACCGACUCCCUCCAUUCCCAACUCAGUCCCAGUCACACCCUCAUGGGGCUCCCCUGGAGCUCCUCCCCCUGCCCCUCCUCCUCCACCCCCCCUCCCUGGCCAGGGCCCACCAAUGCCAGCUGCUGCUAUAGCUGUGGCUGCUGGGCCAGGUCUUGGGCCCAUCCCCAUGUCGCAGUUCGGCACGAUAUCUCGGCAGAUCUCUCGACACAGCUCCACCACCUCCUCCGUCUCCAUGGUUUCUGCCACGGGUACAUACCGCCGAGCGCCGUCCGUGUCUUCCCAGUUCUCCCUGCAGCAGCCGCACAUUAACGGGGGCACAAACGCAAUGUCUAUGGCCCCCCCUCCUCCACCCAUGCCUCAGCUCACCCCACAGAUCCCGCUCACAGGUUUUGUGGCCAGAGUACAGGAAAACAUUGCAGAUACCCCGACUCCUCCCCCUCCUCCUCCCCCUGAUGACAUACCCAUGUUUGACGAGGCUCCGCCUCCACCGCCGCCUCCGCCAGUCGACUAUGAAGAUGAAGAGGCAGCUGUAGUGCAAUACAGUGACCCCUAUGCAGAUGGAGACCCAAAUUGGGCUCCCAAGUCCUACAUUGAGAAAGUGGUUGCCAUCUACGACUACAUCAAGGAUAAGGACGAUGAACUGAGCUUCAUGGAAGGAGCCAUUAUCUACAUCAUCAAGAAGAAUGACGACGGCUGGUUUGAAGGCGUUUCCAACGGCGUCACUGGUCUGUUUCCCGGAAACUACGUGGAGUCCAUCAUGCACUACGCCGACUGAAGGGGGAGCGGACCUCAGAAUCAGACCUCAGAUCAACCCCAAACAAUCAGAUCUUGACCACAGCAUAGAGCGUGCACAAGAACACGGCUCAAUGUUUGUUCCUCACAAAUGGCGAAUCAUGAAAAUCGAUGAACUUUUUCUUUGUGGUGAUGGGUGGAUGUGGGCAAAUGGGAUGACCAACUAUUCAGAGGAAGUCAGUGUACAUAAAAUGAAAGUUAGCCUGUGGGUGUCUGUAGUGAAUGUCAAUCACAGUAUCUUCAGCAGUCAAUGCAACAUGUGAACAUGUAAAGUAGAUGAUUGUCUCUGCUUUUAUGACAUUUCCAACUAAAAGUCGACCAUUUAUUUGAUUUCCUUUACCUCUUCUCUACAUUCGCUUUUGUUUGGACAUUUUGGAUGAAAAAAAUCACUCAUCUUAUGAACCAAUUCAUUUUAGUGUUUUAUCAUGAAGCACCAUGUCAUUGCCCCAAAGUGUAUCAAAUUCUUAACGUAAAGCAUGCAUACAAAAUUGAAAUAUGUAUUGUAACCUAAACGUUAAAUUCCAUACUGCUUUCAUCUUUGUAUUAUUUACAGUACACUUUUUAUUUUUUUUAUAUAUAUAGGCAUUUGUAGACUACUUAUAUUUAUGCUCUAAUUUUUAGUUUAAUAUUGAUUUUUUUUGGGGGGGGGGUAAUAAAUGCAAAGCACAGAACUUUUUUCUUUUUUCCCCGAAGACUCGAAUUCUUUCCCUCCAUCUUAAUAUUUUUUUAGUUAAUGCCACAAUGACUUAAGUAUUUUCUACAAUGAACAAACAUGAAUUCUGUGUAGAUAGCUUUAAUAUUUAGUCUGUAAAGUAUCUUAAGUAUCUAAAGGUCUCUAAUCAAUACAAAUCACAAUUCUUACAGUGCUGGACUCAUUAUUUUACAGUACCAAUACUGUGGUUGGCGCAUUGAACAAUGAACUGAGGAGUAUCAGAAUCGCAAUCUUGAGAUCUGAACUAGUUACUCAACUCAGGUCUGGCAUUAAUUCCUCCUUUUUUAAAACUUUCAUCCAUUUCCAUGCUUUGAGCUGUUUUAGGAGUCAUACCGUCUGACAGAGAUUUCAUUAAUCUACAUCUGACCGUUGUCAGUCAUUUCAGGUGUUCAAAGCUAAUGCCUUGAGACUUUUUUUGGUCAUACUGAAACAUUUGAAGUGUUCCAACUGAAUUCCAACUGUGCUGAAGCUCGUCUCAGCUCAGAAUUUGUAUUUAUAAUAUGUUAAUUGAAAUUUAAUUGUACAGUCUUUUAUAAUAAAUCAUUCUAUGUAAAA